AUGGGCUACCGGCAAUUUGAUGAUUAUCCCCUUAGACAUAUUCAGGAAAAACCUUCAUGUUUAAGAAGAAAUGGUGUUUGCACAUUUUGUAAGAAUGAAGUUUUAGAAUCUAACGCAUUUUAUUGUCAUACAUGUUGGUCUCAUUAUCACAAGGAUUGUCUCACAAUUACUUAUCCGAAGAUUCAUAACCAUACACUUACCUUCAUUCACAGAAAUAAUGCAUUCACUUGCGAUGCUUGUGGAUUUGUCCUCGAGAAGGAGGUAAAUAUGUUCGCAUGUUUACAAUGUGAUUUCUUUGUCCACAGAGAAUGUAUUUUCUUACCAAAAGUUAUAAAAAUCACACGUCACUCACAUUAUCUUUCACACACUCUUUGUAUCCCUGAUGGAAACUUGAUAUGCAAAAUUUGCCGAAACCACCGCAUAAAGCUCAAACCUGGUUAUGGAGGAUAUACUUGUAUUGACAAUUCGUGUGAUUAUGUUGCUCACUCAGUCUGUGCAACAUUAAAAGAAGUAUGGGAUGGUAGAGAUCAUCAUAUCGAAGAACAUGAAGAAGAUAGCAACUCUGAAGCUGAUCUUGCGGCCUUGGUGGACAUAAAUGGUAAAUCCAUGCGCCAUUUUAGCCAUGAUCAUGACCUAUUGGUAUCUGAUGUGGAACGUGGAGAAAAAGAAGAUGGCUAUGUAUGUCAAGCAUGCAUCCUUCCAAUCGAAUUUGGUCGUUUCUUGGCUUGCAAGCAGUGUGAUUUCGCUCUCCACGAGGCAUGUGGGAGUCUUCCUCGGAAGAUGGAAAAUUCUUUGCAUCCUCAUUCGUUAAUCUUACAAAUUGACAUGAUGAAUAUCGAAGAGGGAUUCUUCACUUGCUCUGUAUGCCUCCGAGAAUCUUGUGGAUUCAUGUAUCAGUGUAGUCAAAAGGAUUGUGGGUUCCAGAUGGAUGUAAUUUGUGCUUCAUUUGCGGAUCCAUUGAACCAUAUAGCCCACCCUCCACACCUUCUCUUUUAUACAUUUUCAAAUUUUGAAUAUUCGUGCAUGGGUUGUGAUCAACGUUCAAAGAAUGUGGUACACUGUCCCACGUGCUAUUUUCCUUUGGAUUUCAAAUGUGUGACUUUACCAAGAUUGGUAAAAUACAAGCAUGACGUUCAUCCACUCACUCUAUAUUGUGAUAAAAGUAACACUAGGUUUGAGAAUUUAUCAUGGUGUGAGAUAUGCGAAGAAAAAAUAAAUGUAGAGAUGUUGUACUACAUCUGCCACGAUUGCAUCACCACUCUACAUAUUGGAUGCAUGAUAGGGAAAUAUCCUUAUCUGAAACCUAGUCAUAGGAUCAAAGUGGAUGGUCUCACUAUACAGAUUACUACAAACAGUAGUGUUUCUCGGUCGAUUUGUCAUACAUGUCACCGUAUCUGCCAAGACAAACUGGUUUUUAUGAUCAGUGGGAAAGAUGUAUGUUUCUGUUCUUUAGAUUGUGUUCAUUCUUCCAGUUGUAGAACUCACUUCGAUGUAAAUGAUUUCUUACUAUAA